AUGGGGCAAGUUGAAUCCCAAGAUGAUGGAAAACUGUCCUUUGAUGAAUUCAAAGCUUACUUUGCUGAUGGAGUUCUGAGUGAAGAAGAACUGCAUGAACUUUUUCACACAAUCGAUACACAAAAUACUGACAAUCUUGACACAGAAGAGCUAUGCGAAUAUUUUUCCCAGCACUUAGGAGAGUAUGAAAAUGUUCUAUCUGUCUUGGAAGACUUAAACAUAACCAUACUGAAGGCAAUGGACAAAACAAAGAAAGACUAUCAGGAAGCUUCUAAUUUGGAGCAGUUUGUGACUCGCUUCCUUUUGAAGGAAACACUGAACCAGCUUCAGUCCCUCCAGAGCUCCCUGGAGUGUGCCAUGGAAACCACGGAGGAGCAGACUCGGCAGGAGAGACAAGGCCCAACAAAACCAGAAGUGCUCUCAGUUCAGUGGCCAGGAAAGCGCUCAGCUCGAAGGCUUCAGAAGAACAGCCUGUUGCCAAAUAGCCCUCAUUUUAACACAGGUUGGACUGAGGAAGACAGCCAGUGGAUGACCCAGAUAAACAGACUCCAAAAGCUGAUUGACAGGCUGGAAAAGAAGGACCUAAAGCUUGAGCCAUUUGAAGAGGAAGUUUUGGAAGAAAAUGCAAAAUCUCACAUCAUGAUUGUUCAACGUCAAAUGACUGUAAUAGAAGAAGAAAUCGAGGAAUUCCGGCUUGCUCUGAAGCAGUACGUGGAAUCUGCUUCUACUCAGGGUGCCUGCUUGCAUGUUUCCAUACAGAAGAUUCCAAGUGAUUCCCGCUUCAUUGUUUACGAGUUCUGGGAGAACAGCAAUGCCUGGAAUACCCACCUUCAAAUGAAUUACAGCAAGACAUUCCAAAGAAGUAAUGUGGACUUCUUGGAAACUCCAGAGCUCAUCACAACAAUGGUAGUCCCUGCAUCGUGGUGGGUCCUCAAUAACAACUAGAAGCUGUGGUUCCAAGUACUGUUAAUGGUGCAUUGUUUUUCAUUACAGUGACAUUCAUAUAGCAGCGUACAGGUGUGCUGGGUUAGGAAUUGAUGAUGUGAUCCUGUGUUAUCAUGGAUGUAAUAUUUUCCAUUUUAAAAUAUGGAAAACUGCACAUUUAUUACCUUCUCUUCU